AUGCAUUUCCGCUCUAUCCUCCCCCUCUCCCUUCUCCCUCUAUCACUCCUCCCUCUCACAACUCUCGCCCUCCGUCCCCGCGAUGAGCGCGUCCUCAACACCACCGUCCUAAUUCUAGGAGGUGGAAUGACCGGUGUAUCUGCGGCUCACUCUCUAGCCAUUGAUCGAAACAUCACCGACUUUCUUGUCCUUGAGGCCCGUCACGAACUCGGUGGCCGUGUUCAACAGGGCAAGAUUGGUGACCUCAACAUCGAGCUCGGCGCAAACUGGGUUGAAGGACUGGGCACAAAUCCCAUCUGGACACUCGCCCAGAAGUAUGGCAUCAACAACCGAUACUCAAACUGGAGUAACAUUGACUAUUUCACCGAGGAUGGAUGGCAGGAUGAAACCGGCAGCCUCGCCCAGGCGCUAACGAGGUAUGAGGAAGAUGUCUUCAUCAAAGCCUCCGCAGAUGCUGGGAGACGUAAAGCGUUGGGCCUCCCUGAUCUGUCCAUGAAGGCAGGAUUGAGGGUUGCAGGAUGGAACCCAUUGACGCCUGAGGAGAGAGCCGCCGAGUACUUCAGUCACGACUGGGAACAAGCGGAGCCACCAGUGGAGAGCAGCUUUAUCGGUACCAUCGAGGUUUAUAAUGAGACUUUUAUCGAGUUUGGUAACUCUGACAAUCACUUGGUGAUUGACCAGGGCGGCUAUAAGCAGGUGAUCAUCAAAUAUGGUGAUGAGAUUCCUAAUUUUCAGGAUAAGGUAUUGUUCAAUGAGGUUGUGGAGACCAUCGAGUACAGAAGCGACGGAGUUACGGUGAAGACAGCCAGUGGAUUAACGGUUAACGCGGAGUAUGCGCUUUGCACCUUCUCAUUGGGAGUUCUCCAGCACGACGACGUAGCAUUCGAGCCUGCGCUGCCUGACUGGAAACAAGAUGCCAUCGCCAAUUUCCAUCUCGCAACCUACAUGAAGAUCUUCGCCAAGUUCCCUACCAAAUUCUGGAACGACACCGAGUUUGCGUUGUAUGCCGAUGCUGAUGAGCGUGGUUACUACGCUGUCUGGCAGUCGCUUGAUGCCCCCGGUUUCUACGAAGGAUCCAAAUCGAUCUUUGCAACCCUCACCUCCGACGCUGCCUACCAUGCGGAACUGCAGACUGACGAAGAGGUCCAGGCCGAUUUUGUGGCUGUUCUGCGGGAUAUGUACGGUGCCGAGAAUGUUCCAGACCCAAUUGACUUUACCUUCCCAAGGUGGACUCUCGACCCCCUGUUUAGAGGCACAUUCACCAACUGGGGUGCGGGUGUUACUGUGAAGCAGCAGGAUGAUAUGAGGGCCCCGGUUGGUGGAGACGCGGAGACAGAGAGGAGGUUGUUCUUUGCAGGAGAGCACACAAGCAGGAAGUACUUUGGAUAUCUCCACGGUGCAUUCUUUGAGGGUAGAAUGGCGGCGCACAACCUGGGUGAUUGUGUGCUUUUCAACUGCAUGGAGUCAGAUGGCACCACGUUGGCCAAGAGAGACGCGAUGGAGUUCGAGCUGAACAAGGUCGGCGCGACACAUGGAAGACUCCGGAAGAGAAUGUGGGGUUAA